AUGAAGGCUUUCCUUGUCCUCCUCCUGGGAGCAGUCCUGUGCUUUGACUCAGGUUAUUCUUUGAAGUGUUACAGCUGCACAUCACAGCUCAGUAACUCCAAAUGUAAGACGGAAGUGGACUGCAAGGAUGAGGACACAUGCAAGACAGAUGUGAUCAGGGUCGUAGGGCUCUUCAGCCUCAUCAGCAAGGGCUGUGACUCGUCAUGCACAUCACUCUACCAGGACUUCAGCGUAGGCAACAGGAAUAUCUCCUGCUGCAGCAGCAACCUCUGCAAUGCCAAUGCAGCGGGCAGUGUGAGAUGCAGCUACGGCAUGGCAGCAGGGAUUGCAGCCGGCGUGCUCUGGACCUUUCUGAAAAACAGUCUGUGA